GUUCGAUAUAAAAAGCAGCGCUGCUAUUAUGCGACGCAAUUAAUAUUUUCGUGUCAAGUGAUGCACUCGACGAAAAUAUACGUACCUAUGUUGAAUGGACGCAGGUACACGUAUGCAGUGUUUCCAUUCUUUCUCUCCGACGAAGAGUCAGAAUCUUCUGGAAUUCACGUCCAGUUGUGUGAUUAAAUUAUAAAUACAAAAAGUGCAUGUCGACAUCCGGCAUAUCGAUAGACGCGCUGAUAAGUGGAUCCAUAAUUGGCACAAAAGUUGACAGAACUUAACGUGUCAGUUAUUUGAUAACUCGUAUGUUGGGCAAUUAUUUGACCGCGCGUGCCUGAUGCUUUCCCAUUGGCCAGAAAUUAAUGGUCGCAAGUCUGCCACGAGACAACGUUGAUAUGUGCAAGUAAGUAGCUGUUCGUAAAGACGAUGUGCUCUGCGAGUGUGUAAUGCAUGUGUGAUUAUGUGUUUAUGUACAUAUAGUUACUUUGCAGCAGAUAUAUAUAUGACUUUGCGAAUCCAUUAACGCUCCAGUUUACGGUGAGACCCAAGACCGUAUGCACUAUACAUUUAACAGAGUAAGAAUAAUCCGAUAUCUAUCGAUAUUCGAAAUGGUUGUCGGAACGAACGAUGGAUCCCCAAACUUUGCGAAUCUUAACGAACUCGCAUCCGAAACCAACGGUGGUCAAAUUGUAUUUGCUACCGACGAUUGGUUCGCCUGUGCAGAAAAUCUUCUCAAGGAUACAGAACCGGUGUUCAAACCGGACCUCUAUACGGAUUUUGGAAAAUGGAUGGACGGCUGGGAGACGAGAAGAAGAAGAUGUCAAGGUCACGACUGGGCGGUCAUUGCUCUGAAGAAACCUUCUACAAUAAUGGGCGUCUGCGUUGACACGGCGUACUUUACGGGAAAUUAUGCCCCAAGGUUUUCUAUCCAGGCAGCUAAGCUCACGGAUGAAGAGGCAAAGCUGUUCCCAAAAAGAGAAUGCAAAAUUGGCACAGCAGCGGACAAAUCUCAGGUGGAACAAGUUCAGCGCAUCGACACUCAGAAGUGGGAGACUUUGGUGCCAAUGACGAAUCUCAGAGCUGGAUAUGAAGAAACACGUCUGAAUUAUUUUAACGUCUUCGAAACCGGCACCUGGACUCAUCUUCGAUUGAACAUGUUUCCCGACGGCGGAAUUGCCCGUUUGCGAGUCUUCGGCUUCGUCACUCCUGACUGGGAAGAAGUCAAUUCCGAUGAGCUAAUCGAUUUAAUGUCUGCCGAGAAUGGGACUGUCUGCGAAAGCUACAGCAACGCGCAUUACGGGCACCCCAGAAAUCUGAUCAAGACUGAGAGAGGAAUCAACAUGGGUGACGGCUGGGAAACUGCGAGAAGACUCGACAGACCACCCAUCCUAGAAGCCGACGAUUCCGGCGUUCUGCAGGUUCCCGGUAACGAAUGGGCAAUAUUCAGGCUUGGACACGUAGGUGAAAUUCACUCGAUCGAAGUGGACACGAAUUUUUUCAAGGGAAACUUUCCGGACAGUAUAAAAAUCGAAGGAGUUCUCGCAGACCCUGAUCAAGACUAUAGGAGAUGGUCUUGGAAGACGAUAAUGACGCCAAAGAAGCUAUCACCGCACAAACAACAUUUCUACAGUACCGACGACCUGCUAUCUUACGGACCCAUAACUCACGUCAAACUAACCAUGGCGCCGGAUGGUGGAAUAUCCAGGGUCAGAAUGCUUGGUCACAUUUCCCAUGUUUCAGAACUGCUGCGCUGAGAAACUUUUUAGAAACUCCCCCUGAUUUUAACUCUGCGACGCUCCUCAUAGAGUCCGUUAUUCAGUUUUCAAUUUCUAACGAACUUUCUAAUUGGCGUUUCCUAAUUUUAUGGGAGCUGGACCAACAAGGAAGAUUCAUCAGUUCAGUUUCUGCAUGUUUGUAAAUAUCCUGAAACCUUUUCGGACUCAAAGUUUAUCUUAACGAAUUUUCAAUUGACGCUAUGCAUUUUUCAGCUCAAAGUCUCACGAGACGAAUACCUAAGGAUUCAAAAGGCAUCGUAAAAAUAUUUUAUCCGUUGGCCUGCGCUACCAAAAGAACACCACUCGUUGUGCGGUUUUUAUUUUGGUACGUACUUACAGUUCGUCAGUCUGUUUGGGUUAAGAAUGUCGUUAAAAUUACUCAACUUUAGUGCUUAAUAUAAACAAACCUUGUCAAAUGAAUGUGAAAUAUACAGAUAGAGUUUUUUCCAAAAGAGGGUAAGAAAAUAAUAAUAACCGUAUGUACGUAUACGAAAGUUUACAUCGGUAAAAAUGAGAACGACUUAAAAUGGAAUAAAAAUUCAUCGUUAUAAAAAUGGUAAGUGUGUAUAAAAAGAGUCGCUAAAUGAUUUCAAUCCAUGAUAUUGGGUAAACGAUGCAAAAUGAGUCGGAUAUAUAUUUAGGGAUAUUAGACAUCGAAGAUGUGCCAAAGUUCUCUACGAAUGUUCGACAUUUUUUUCGGUAUAUAUUUAACAUAUCUUACGAAUCUAAUUACGUUGCGCGUGAUGAAUUUUGAGACGCGCGUGUCGUCUUUGUACAAUAAAUAAAUAAGAACCAUGAAACGAUGCCAGUAAUCGAAGAUUCGUUUCUAAUUGUUAUUCCGCUCAUCCUUAACGCGAAGCCUCGAUCAGGUGAUACAUGUUUUUACAAAAAAAAGAACAAAAAACAAAUUGACUCUCAUUUGCGACACGAGAUCGCAUUGUUCUCUGUCUUCGGCCCGAGAGACGAAAACAGAAUUCGCAAACCGUGCUGUGAUAUGUAUUUUACGAUAAUACCAAGAUUCAAGGCAAUCCGUUGCGAUUCUAUUCGAGACGGGUAUACAAACGCUGUAACGGUCAACGCAAAACUUGUUUCGGCUCUAAAUUACACGGCAGUGAUGUCGGUGUGUUGUACGAUCGACAUUCUCACACCGCGAAACAUUCUAUAACUUGUCUACAGAUCCGGCGGAAAAAACCUCUGUUUAUUUGAAUGACGUCGGGGCUUGGCCAGAGAUUCUUCAUCCGACAUCUAAUUUUUCAGUAAAAAUAUUUCGCCUAGAUAACUUACUAUUAGCACGAUUUUAAGGAAAACAUUCGAUACAUCCUUUUCUGAUAUGACGAAUAAAAAUACUUUACUAAAGAGAGAAAUUUACCUCCGUUACUGACAAAUUUUCUUACGUAUGGAUAACUGGAAUAAAGUAGUAGCCAUUAAAGUAAUCGUAUAUUGUGUUACGAGUGCGGAAAGUGGGUGAUUUCCGAUUAGUAUAAAAUUCGCUGCGUUCGCACGAAUACAAGUGCGAAUCGAUAUUCAAAUUUGUGCGUCGUCGACGUGUUAAUUCGUUGUACAAUUAAACAAAAGAUGAUUUCUCAUUCUACACUCUUAAACUGAGAAUAAUUCAGUAAAACAGGUAUCGUUGAAAAAACUGUUUGAAUAUCGUUGGAAUUACGAGAAACGAGGUACGCGUAACCAUUUUGCGCUAUUUUCGAUCCUUUUUUGCUAAUUGCAACGCAAAAUCAGUUUGUUCGGUCUACUCUACUUUUUUAGUUAAACAAAGCUUUAACGUCGAUUUAUUGUUGCGCACGCAUUAAAUUUUCGCAACAGUUGCAAGAAAA